GUCCAUUGAUAAUAGGGAUGCAUUAUCCAUGGCUAAUUAGGGAAAUUAAGAAUUUUAUCAAAAUGAUGUAACUAUAGCACAAUGCUAGUGUCCCUAUCUACUUGCCAGGAGGUCUGGUUUCAAGCCCCAUCUUAAAAGUGUCUGAAUAGGUUGAUUUUAAAAAAAACUUCAAAUUGAAAGAAAUGCUGUAUGAAUAUGCUAGGAGUAGGUCAAAAGAUAAGUCAGGUUUUAAGAACCAGCAAAGAAUAACUAAGAAAGUAGAGUAUGGAACAGUGCUAGCUAGUAAUACCAAACAGAAGGGAAGUGUUUCAAAUAGGAGUGGGGGACUGGGUAGGAUGAGGGUGGUGGCAAUAGUUAUAACUAAAACUAGAGUUGAUUCUUCAGAGUGUGAAUCUGGAAAGUUAAUGAGGGUAAACAAAGAAACUGUGAAGGUCUUGAGCAGUUAUUUCAGGUCUGACUUCAUAAUGCAAAACUUACUAAACAUUCCAAAAAUAUUUCAGAAUUAAGAGGUGAAUAGGAGGGAUGAACUUAAGACAAUUACCAUCAUCAGGAAAAAGCUAUGUGGAAAAUCUUUAGACCCAAAGGCUGACAAGUCCCCAGGUGCAGACAUAAUUGGCUUCAGAUAAAAGAUAUUGGUUAUAAUCUUCCAGAAUUCAUUAGAUUCUGGAAGAGUCUUAGAAGUUUGGCAAAUAACAAAUGUAACACUUUAUUCGAGAAAAUAAGGUCAGUUGACCUAACAUCUAUAAUAGAGAUAAAUAAAAGCAAAGUAUUAUGGAGACUAGAGAUCUGAACUAAAAACAGAAAGUGCUGGAGAAAGUCAGCAGAUAUGACUAUUUGUGGAGAGAAACAAAGUGAAAAUUUUGAGUUUUAAGACUUUUUGGAAGACGUAUCUAUAAUAAACAAAUUGCUAGAAUCCUUUUAUUAAGGAUUUAUUGAUUUUUUUUUUAAACCUUUAUUAAGUUAUAGUAGCAUAUUUAGAAAAUCAUAAUGGGUUCAGGCAAAGUCAGCAUACUUUUCUGAAAAGGAAAUCAGGCUUGAUUUAUUAGCAUUCUUUGAGGAGUUAAUUAAGGGGAAUCUGUAGAUGUGGUGUAUGUGGAUUGCAGUUGGUAUUUUAGUUUUGAUUUUUGGCCACAUCAAAGUUUAUUACAUGGGGUUAUAGCACAUGGUGUACAGAUAACAAACACAUUGGUAUAGAUAAAGGAUUGUUUAGCUAACCGAAGCAGAGAGUAGGGAUAUACAUUUUAAGAAGCAUUGGCAAACUGCAACUUGUGGAAUGCCACGGGGAUUGUGCUAAACCCUCACGAUUUACAAUCUGUAUCAAUGACUUCGAUGCAGGGAUUGAAAUUUUGCUACAUUUGCUGAUGAUAUAAAAGUAGAUAGGACAUAGGUUGUCAAGAUGAGAUAAAGAAUCUCCAAGGGGAUUUAAGUAGGCUAAACAGGUACACAAAAAAUUGGCAGGAGUUUAAUGUUGCAAAGUACGUGCUUAUCCAUUUUAUCAGGAAGAAUAGAAAAAUACACUUUCUACUGCACCAGUAUAACGUUCUUCUGUGUCCUACAACUGUCUUUUGACUUCUUCAUAUGACAUUGACAAUCAAUGCUGAAUUAUAGGCAUAAGCAGCAUCUGGGUCAGAAGCUGCCUGAUCAGCUGGGUGUUUCAACCAUCUUCUGUUGCAGAGUUCCUGUAUUUGCACUCUUUUUGAAGUAUCAUUUUUUACUGUUGGCCUAUCACUACUCAGAACCGCAACAGGAUUAAAACUACCAAAACACUUUUAGGUUCAUUCCUUAUAGCCAGUUUUUAAAAUAUAGAAUUCCAUCUCCUCCUCAGGGCAUCUGCAUUAUUCUUUGUAUGUAACCCCUACAGCUUUCAUUGCAUUCAUCAAUAGAAAGCUAGCUUGGGAUAUGUGACUGAUUGUUUUAGAGUACUCGACUUGCCUGCCAUUUGACUUGAAUUUUGUAUUUGAUUUUAUGGAUUUUUGCUUUCCCAUGGAAAUGCUUGUUCUGUGCUGUUGCGCCCUUAAACAUAGAUACAAAUUAGUCAUUUAGGAUUUUGAGUAUUUGGUUAUUUCCAAUUGUUCUUCUGUUGUGAUGCUUCUGUUCCCUUAACCAUCUUGUUUACUCAAAACAUCUUUGUAAAUAUAUUCUGUUCAUAUUUUACUUGUGCCUAAUAUUCAUCCAUGUCUUUUGCUCUAGGUAUUGAAUUUACACAUGCCAAUUUUUUAUUGCUUGUAAUUUUGCGUAGCUCCUGUUAUCAACAACAUUAAUUUUGUUCAUUACCAUUUGUUUCUUAGUACAUGGUUAUCCUGCAGUUUGAUUUUUUUUUUUGUAUUUUUCAGUUUCCAUUUGUAUAGUUGAUUUGAAAUCUAAUCAUCUUGGUGGUCACUGUUUCUAAAAUAUUCCCAACUAUAGUUCAUUUCCUCAUUUGUGAAUAAAUGUGCCUAUUAGAAAUAAUUUUUUGGUAGACUUCCUUCAAGAUUCAACAUCUCUUAUCGAAUUAAUGAACGCUGGUGAAUGUACUUUUGAAUAUCUGACCUUGCCUUGUUUUUGGUUUGAAGAUAUGUUAGUCUGCUUGUGCAACUUCUGAGACACCAGAAGCAACAGCCUGAUUCUUUGUAUCUUUCACCUACUCCAAACAAGAACAGUGAUAUAGGAGUGAACAUGGACUGGUUUGCACGCCAGGAAUUUCCACACCUGAAACUUAGCGGCACAUGAGCAGACUGGGUUACCAUAGAAGCAAUCGAUUUUGCUGUUUUGAACUUUAAAAGAGUGAUCUAACUAUUCAGUUUUUGAUCAUGACUUGGAACCUUGAUGUGAAAUUAAAAUAAGCAGAAAUAAUUUGUCCUACCACGCCCUGCUUUGCAUACAGAAGUUUUCUGCCUCUGGGCAGAGAGAUGCUCAAAGUACAACCUUGGUAACAUGAGCACUAAUCACAUUACUUAAGGCAAAUUAUCUCCCCAUGACUACAAAUUUGGGAUCAGUGUCAGAGCUCCCAGUAGAAUCUUAUCAACAAAUGAACUUCUGCCGCAAUCCACAGCGUAUGACCUAACUAUGGAUACUAAAAGGGAUGCAGGUUGUGAACCUCAGAAAGAGAAUGGAUUUUUGCCAUCAUCUCUGAACCAAAGACUUUUUCAAUGUGAGUCCAAUGACUUUGCUUUGCCCAGUGCUACAGAGCCAUUAGACAAUUAUUCAGGUAGCCAAAGUACAGGGCCCUCCAAGUGGUCAAUUCCUAAUGAUUUUUUUGAGACUGAUUCCAGAAGUCCAACUGGCAUUGGUUUUGUAAAUAUUGACUCUUAUGAACCAGAAAGCAGUGAAGGAGAGGAUGAAGAUUCAACCAUUCAAGCAUCUUUGCAAAAAGAAGGAAAACUUCAGAAAAGGUUGGACACCAUGCUUUCAGAGUUAGAGAAAGGUGUUGACUAUCUUAAUGGGUUACAGUCGUAUCUCUCAGCUGUAAUCCACGAUGGUAACAGCCCACAGAUUGAUCUACCAUGCUCUCUGGCAUUGGACGAUUUGACUUCUGCAGACAUUGGUGUUAAAGGACAUCAAACUGAAUUGAAAGAGCAUAGGAAAAUAUUACCAGCAGUUGGAAAUAUGGAAGAAAUUAAUAGCUAUGUCAGGAUGGAGGAUGUAAAAGAAAAAAGAGAAAGAAAUCUUGAUAAAGCCUCACUGAGCAUUCAAACGGAAGGAAACAUUUUCUGUUGUAUGACAGAGGAACCGAGCUCUUCAGAAAUGGUAGUAAGACCAAAAGUUAGAAAGGAAAGAGUUGAAACCUGUUCUAAAAGAGAUCUAUCUUCCCCUGAUGAGUUUGGUAGUUAUUGUACUGGGGAUAUGAAAGCCAAUUCAAGAAAUGAGUGCUGUGGAUCAAACUCUGCCUUGUGGAACUGCAGAAAUAAACUCCAUAGAGAUUCAAAGAUCGGAUCUGGACUUAAUGGCAAGGAAACAGUUGGUGUUGAGAAGGAACAGGCCACCAUCCAACUACAAGAAACGCUGGAAGAAAACAGCUUCUGGGAUGACUUUGAAAAUUAUUGUAACAAAGGUGAAACGAGCAGCUCUCUAAGCAGUGAUGAGGAGUGGUCAGCAAUAUGGACCUCUGAUUUCGUUUUAGAACAGAUGCAUUCUAGUGAUGAGAGCUGGGAGACCUUGUCAGGAGUUGAUGAACAACAAACUGAACCAAACAGCAUUAGUAGCAGUCUGGAUGAAGAAGCUUUUAAACAUUGCUUCACUGUAGGGGAACAAACCUCCUUGGAAGAAGGGGAGAUCCCCUGGGUAGCAUUUAAUGAAGAAAGUGACAGCAGCAGCAAUAGUACUGAUGAGACUGAAGGCUUGGGUCAACUUGCACAUUCAGGACUUCUAAUUCUGGAUGAUAACAACAACUUUGAAGAUGAUUCAAGUGUAAGUGAAGACUUGGACAUGGAAUGGAGAUUGCUUGACGAACUUGGUGAAGGACUUACAGCUCAAGCUAUUUCAUCUGUUGAUCCACAAUUACUUACCUUUAUGGCUCUGGAAGAGCGGUUGGCUCAAGCAAUGGAGGCUGCUUUAGCACAUCUUGAGUCUCUGGCCAUUGAUGGUGAGCAAGCUCCCCCUCCAGCUCCCAAGGAAACAAUUGAAUGUUUACCACAAGUUGCAGUUUCUGAGGGGCAUAAUGGCCUGGAGCAAUCCUGUGCCAUCUGUUGCAGUGAAUAUGUAAAGGAAGAGUUGGUGACGGAGUUACCAUGUCAUCAUCUAUUUCAUAGGCCAUGUGUAACCCUCUGGCUACAGAAGUCUGGGACAUGUCCAGUAUGUCGUCACAUUCUUUCAUCAACACUUCCUGAAACUGCUACUACUGCAUUUUUAUCAGAACCAGAGAUCCCUCCUUCUACCCGUGAUGGUCCUGCAAUACGAUGAAGCCGACGUUUGCCUAAUGAAUGUCAAAGGGAACUGCACUAUUUGAUGGGAGCAGAAAGUAUGAAAAAUAUGUUUGUGAUUUUACCUCUAGGCUUAUUUUGUUAAAAGGCUGACAAAACUGUCUUAACUACUGGUGAGGUGUUUAAUUCUGCAUUAUAAUUAUAUGUAAAAAAAAACUUCAUUAAUGGUUGUAUUUUUGUGACAGAAAAUUAGACCUUUUUUGUUGCUGUUAAUAUUAGGGGGCUGAAUUUAUGACGUGUUUGAUUUUGUUUUCUCUGUUUAAAUGAAAUUCGAAGUGGGCUUUUUGGUUAAAAUAUAUCAUGUAUUUUGAUGCUGAUAUCUGUAUUUGCGCAGAAAGCUUAGGGCACAGAUAUAUUAAGUUAAUGUUGGAAGUAAUUCUAAGGUUCUUUUUGUUUUGUCUAAUGCAGUAACACACUGACUUUACAUAGGGUGAUGGAGCGUGAGGAAGUUGUCUUAAUUCCAUGGAAUAAAAAAGGUUUAGUUUCUUUCAAUGUGACCAGAACAGUGACCAUAAAUGAAGACAUCAUCUGAUUUCACAACAGUAUUGAGAUUUGUUUCACCUCCAAUAAACUGCAUUAUUAAAAUUG